AUGUCGCUCAACGCUGAGCCGUCGCAGCCUGAGGAGCGUGCUGACCACAACCUCGCGCCCAAGUCGUACGCGGCCGCCGCCGAAGAGGCUCUACAGAACGAGCCCGAGCCCGAGGCACAAUCACACGAGAGCCAGACGGACGGCGCACUCGACGACGCGAAAGACGCCUUGAAGAAGAAGGUUCGAGAUCACCACAAGGACAACCAGACCAAUGGCACGAAGGUCAUCCGCAUCGUGCCGGCUGAGGAGUAUGAGGGCGAGGGCCAGGACAACAGCCCAAAGAGCCCUUCGAGAAAUUCUCAUCGCCGCAAGUCAUCGCUGAAGUCCAACGGUUCGAUCGGCCGCAAGUACGGCGAGCAGCUGCAGUACGAGAUGUUUGAGAAACACAAGGACGGAAAUGGGGACGCCUUGACCAGCGUCAAGCCUACCGCCGACUUCGAAUUGGAGACGCGGACAGACAAGAAGCCCAUGCGCAGGAACUCAGAGCUCAAGUCUGGACGACAAGCGGGCGAGGGAUGGCAUAAGAGCAAGAUCCGAUUUGCCCCGCUCAACGUUCCCUUGCAACGCCGCCUGCAGACCUUGGCCGUCUUACUUCAUACUCUUAGCAUCGCCGGUCUUGUUUCCAUCUUCUUCUUCCUGUGCGCAAUACCCAUCCUGUGGCCCAUCUUGUUGCCAUACCUUAUCUACGUCCUCUUCUCAAAGGCCGGUGAAUCUGGCGAGCUUUCAUUCCGCAGCGACCGCUGGCGUAAGAACAAGAUAUGGUCGCUCUUCGCAUCGUACUUCCCCGCUCGCCUCCACCGCUCCCAAGAGCUGGAACCCACGCGGAAAUACAUCUUCGGAUACCAUCCCCACGGUAUCAUAUCGCACGGUGCCUUCGCUGCCUUUGCGACCGAAGCCCUCGGAUUCUCCCAGCUCUUUCCCGGCAUCACAAACACCCUCUUGACGCUCGAUGGGAACUUUAAGCUACCACUUUACCGUGAAUACGCGCUCCGUAUGGGCUUGGCCUCUGUGUCACGCGAAUCGUGCGAGAAUAUCCUUUCAAAAGGCGGUCCGAAUAACGAGGGUAUGGGUCGUGCCAUCACUAUCGUAAUAGGAGGUGCACGCGAAUCACUCGAGUCCAAGCCCGGCACUCUUCGUCUUGUUCUCCGCCGUCGUUUAGGCUUUGUGAAGCUCGGUAUUCGCAAGGGCGCCGACCUGGUCCCUGUCAUUGGAUUCGGCGAAAACGAGAUCUACGAACAGCUCGACCCGCAUGCGCAUCCGUACAUCAACAAGUUCCAGCUCUUGAUCAAGAAACUCAUGGGCUGGACUAUCCCUCUCUUCCAUGCUCGCGGCAUCUUCAACUACGAUGUCGGUAUGAUGCCGUACCGACGACCGAUGAACAUCGUGGUGGGCCGCCCCAUCAAGGUUGUGCAACAGCAGCAACCGGAUAAGGAGUAUAUAGAGAAGGUGCACGAGGAGUAUAUCACUGAGCUUCUGCGCAUGUGGAACGAUCACAAAGAUCAGUUUGCCAAGGAGAGGAUGGAGGAGCUGAAGAUCAUUGAGUGA